AUGGCUGAGCUUAGAGGGCUCGGCGGAACCGGGCGACCCCUGACUCCGAGGCGGCGCCCUCACGGCCCAGUUGCCAGGAUGCGCGCACGGCCCGGAGAGGGGGCUGGAGAAACUAGCUCUGGGAGCAGGAACUCUCCCCCAGCCCAGAUCGGCGCCUGCCUCCCAGCCCUGCGUUUCCACCUGAGCCCACCAGGGCGGCGAAACGCCGACGCGACCCCUGAUCGGUUGCCCAGAGAGGUGCUUGGGCCAGCACCGAUACGCACCUCGCCAAACACAAUCCGCACCCAAACCGCGCGGCCGCCGCGGGCCCGGGUCGCAACGGGGUGUGGGGGAGGGGGGGGCGCACAGGCCGACUCCACCGGGGGACCCAGGACCACGGAACCGCGUGCGCACCUCUGCCGGAAGGCGCGGGAGAGUAGGGAGGCCGCACUGCAGCGUCAUCCCCGAAGGCCGGCCGCCCGCCCAAACCGGGUUCUAGGACUGCUCGCCCCGGGGCGCCCGCCUCCACCUUCUCUUCCUCGCGGGCGCUGGCCCUUCCCGGCCCCGCCCCGGACACUCACCUGCGCCGGCUCCGGGCUGGGCGCACCGCCGCCUCCCAGCUCCAGCUCCGUGCGGAGUCCACAUGGGAAAAACAAGAUAAAAAGGGCCCUGGUUCGGAGCCGGCCAGAUGGACGGAACCCGGGGCGCAGGCGGGCCGAGGGCGGCGCCCCUAACCUCCACAGCGCUACGCGGGAGGAGGCGGCGCCCGAGCGCGGAGUCCGGCGGGGGAACAAAGAGGAGCCGGGAUGGGGCCGCGCGCUUCCUGGGUGUCGGGUGACAGGUCUGCUGGGGGAGGCCCCGGCCCUGCCACCUGAGGAGGAGCCGCCUCCGCGCGGCAGGCGGGGCCGGGCAGGAGAGACACAGGGGCCCCGAAGGCCGAGGGAAAGGGUGAGCCGGGCGCCCCGGAUUGUGCGGCGGGAGAGAGGCCCGCCGGCUCCGGCGCAGAGGUGUAGGGACUCGACGGGAGCGCAGAGAUAA